UGUGUGCCUUGGGCUGCCACCGUCUGAGCCUCGCUGGCGGGUCAGCGUCCCGACGGACAACUGGUCCGAGAGGAGCUCGUACGCGGCAGCAAGAACAAUGUGCUCGUCGAGACCCUUCGUACAGGUACCCUCGGUCUGCCGACCUCCAUCGUUUCGACCUAUGAGGUUGGCGAGUUCGGUGAGUGACCACUUCUCCACAUAUAUAUCAUCAUCGUACAGACUAUACUUGGUCGCUCAGGCAUUCUCAUCCUGCACCCUUCCAUCCUCAUCAUGACCAAGUUCAAACGCUGGUCCAUGAGCUAUACCUCUACUCGCCCGCAGACCAUGAAGAAGGUUGCUUCGGACCUCAACGACAUCCGAUUCAUGAUCGACUGGUUGGCAGAGCACGGAGAGCAAAUUCGGUUUGUGGACUACUCGGGCAAGACAAAGCUGGAAUUGCUCGUCAUGCUCCGUCGAUACCACGACAAGUAUGCGGAUGACGAAGAACACAUCGCGGUGCUGUGCAGCAUUAUGUCUGACGACUGGGACACCAUGCUUGCGCUGCCUGCACCGGAGCUUGAAGAGUCUAUGGCUCCCCCGUAGUCCGUCGGACGCCUGAGUACGCUGGUAGUCUUCAACCGUCACAGGCAGCGUCGCCUCGGCCUUCAUCCAGCAGGUUUGCCUGCCUCUGCCCUCCAUAUAGGGGUCACCCAUGAGGAGGAUUCGGCGAACGAGAGGGCAGGGCAUCUCAUGCCUGCCGUCACAUUGUUAACACAAUGCGGCGCUUUCUCAUCCGCCCCCCAUCGACUAUACGAACGCUAUGUUGUCGGUGGUGGAUGGAUGAUAGAACAGCACGGGCAUACGCGCCCACACAACACGAGGUUCUUCUCCGAGGGGACUCGGAUUUCGUGGAUCCAUCUCUGAUGUUUUUAUGUUUUGCUUUUAUCGCUGUCUUGUUAGGAAUCGUACCUCGGAAAUGACGCUGUAUGUG